AUGUCUGCCAUGGCGAGUCAAUCCGAAACGCUUGUUAACGCAGAAAAGGAUGUACAGGAUCAGUCGGUCCGUGAACACAAUAUCCACCUACCUCCGUGUGAUACCGAUGUGUUCAAGGGUGACUAUCUGUCAUGGCCAUCAUUUCGUGAUAUGUUCACGGCCAUAUACAUCCUUAACAAGCGCCUCACUCCGGUUGAGAAACUAUUUCAUCUCAACCAAAAGACUCAAGGGGAAGCCAAAGACAUCGUGAGAAAGUGUCCACUCACAAACGAAGGCUUCCAAACAGCCUGGAAAAGUUUAUGCGAGAGAUAUGAAAACAAGCGUAUCCUCGUAAAUACACAACUGAAAAUACUUUUCAAUUUAAAUUCAGUGGAUAAUGAGUGUGGUAGCUCAAUAAAAAGGUUGCAGCGGGAUAUAAAUAAUUGCUUAUCGUCCCUAAACAGUCACCAAAUUAACGUUUCAAACUGGGAUGCAAUUAUAGUCUACCUCUGCUCCACCAAACUUCCAGAAAGUACGCUGGCUCUAUGGGAACAAACCAUAGACCACAAAAAUGAUAUACCAAAGUGGGAGGAUAUGGACAAGUUCCUAUCCAACAGAUUUCAAACGCUGGAGACUUUAUCAGGCUUAAAAAAUUCCAAAGCUGUGAGAGCGCCAAAGCCGCAGCACACACACAAACCAGCAGAAGCCUCCCCAAAACGACUUGGCGUUUUCCAAGCAAGCGUGACCAAGUUCACUUGCAUAAUGUGCCAGUCCAAUGAGCACAAGUUACGCAGCUGUUCCCGCUUCUUAAAGAUGACACCAUCUGAAAGAAUAGAGUUCAUGAAAAACAAUAACUCUUGCUUGAACUGUCUUAAGUCUGGACAUACUGUGUCAAGAUGCACAUGCUCGUUUAAUUGCAGCAAGUGCCACUCCCGACACCACACGCUCCUGCACCUUGAGACUGACCAGCAAAAGCCUACAGCGCACCAAAUGCCGCCAAGCUCAACUGGUAAUCGAGCAUCUUCAUCGAAGCAAGCACAAACAAGACGCAAGACAGGAAAACCAAAUUCAACUGGGGACAAAAAUGUCAAGUCUUGUUUUGCAAAUUCAAAUACUGGUGUGCUCCUAGGAACAGCGCGCGUAAAUAUACAUUAUAAUGGAACCGAUUUUUCUGCUAGAGCUCUUAUUGAUUCCAGGUCUGAGUGUUCCUUUAUAACGGAAAGACUCAAACGCCGAAUCAACCUGCCAUCCAAAAGGUUGCAUGCCCAAGUUUCUGGCAUCACAAAUUCCAUAUCGGCGCAGGUCAAAGAAGCAUGCAAUAUAGAAAUACGGUCACCGAUUGACCCAUUAUUCCGGUCGAAUACCACUGUGCUUGUCUUAGCACAACUAACUGGAAAUCUUCCAACUACCCAUAUUAGCGCUGAAACUAAACAAGCAUUCCCAGACUUAAUACUCUUCUAG